AUGGCUGUAUCUUCUUUGUCGUGGUCGGAGUUUUUACCGGAGCUUCUUGACGUUGUCUUCCACAGCCUAAACUAUGCCAGAGACUUUCAAAACUGUGGCAACGUCUGUUCUUCUUGGAGAGAUUCUUCUUCUGCCGCAUACAGUCGCAAGUUUGCUUCUUUUCUCUUUGUUUCCCACGUCUCUUCCGAUGAAGAAAUUCUAUUCUCCGACCAGUUUGGGGUUUUGUCUCCGGAAUACUUGGGAUUCUCAGGGAAUAAACAAACAUGGGUUUGUGGCGGCAUGCAAGGACUUAUGUUGACGGUCAAUGCUUCUUUCCCGUUUGAGGUCCAUUUAAGAAACCCUUUCACCAUCAACGUUACUUCUCUGCCACCUUUGAUAUCUUUUGAGGAUGUUCAGAUGUUGCUUCAGUCCCAAACAAUAUGUCAAGACUCUGAAGCUUUAAAGUACUUUGUAAAGAAAGCGGUCUCUUCAACAACUCUAUUUGACGCUGAUUGGGCUGUGCUUGUAAUCUACAACAAUGAUAGGAAGCUAGCAUUCUGCAGACGCGGAGAUAAACAAUGGACAGAUUUGGAAUCUGUUGCCUCUUCUGUCGAUGACAUUGUGUUCUGCAAUGGUGUCUUUUUCGCCAUCGAUAGAUUCGGAGAAAUAUAUCACUGUGAGCUUAGUCCUAACAAUCCAAAUCCAAAAGCUAUUCCUUUAUGCAGCACCUCGCCUUUCCGGUACGACUCUUGCAAGAAAUAUUUUGCAGAGUCUGGUUACAACGGUUUAUGGGUGGUUCUAAAGAAGCUAGAGCUUAACGACGACUCUGAUUUCACAACCUAUUUCGAGAUUUACGAAUUCACUUCCAAGACUAACGAAUGGACAAAGGUUACAAGCUUGAGAGGAAGAGCUUUGUUCUUGAGCACUCAAGGAAGAUGUAUAGCGGUUUUAGCAGGUAAAAGCGGAUGUAGAGAAUUCAUCAAAGACAACUCAGUUUAUUUCAUUGAUGGGGAUGAUCCAACUAGAGGACUAGGGCCUCAGAAUCUGAGCGUUUUUGAUUGGGAGAGUAAGCAAAUCAUGAAAAUAUAUCAGCCUCGAUCUUGGAAUUGUCAGAUGUUUUGGGUCACACCUACAGAUAUUCUUCAAGGAUGACUUGACUGAUGGUGCAAUUCAGCAUUUUAGUUUGUAAUUGUAUAGUACAUAAAAAAAAAUGUUUUUGGUAUUUCUUUUUAAAUUCUGUAGUUUGAGUAAAGAGUAGAAAAGAAUAUGUAUUUCAACUGUUGGGUUUUGAUACAUUUCAUUCGUCAUAAAUUUAUUAAGGGUUCUAUUAUUUUGUAACAAGUAUAUACUAAGCUAAGAAUAUUUCAGCAUCUAUCUUUCUCUCGGUGAGACUGCAAAACCAUAUUUUGUUAACAUAAUCAUUAUAUUUACCAACCAACCAAUUUGGGACCAAAUCAUGUAAACUUCCCCCUUCCAAAUCUUGAAACACUGGCCGCAAAAUAUAACCAAACCGAGUGCAAACAUACACAAAUAUUUCAAUGUAUACAAAAACAUAAGAGGCACCAAA